AUGAACGCUCAAUUAGUUGCAGUUCUUUCCCUUCGCUGGGUUGCAUUGUAUUCAUUCGUUGCGUUGUUUCUUAGUAGAGUUCAUAUACUCCAUGAGGCUGACUCUCAAAAAGGGGGAAAGAAAAUCACAAGAAAGAAGAAAUCUCCGGAUCUAGAAAUUGGCCGCUUCUCCGACCCUUGUAGCGGUUUCUUCGUUUAUCUUGCUGAUCUAUCAGCCCUCUCCGACCGAAAGAGGGAGGCGGGUUUGUACGAAAGAACUGCACGAAGGAACCGAAAGGUCUACCAUGGAAUCUACCUAGGUGUCUUGUUGAUAGGAUUACCGCAUGCAGUCUCAUCAGUUGAGUCAAUCAAGGGAACGGUAGAUUGGAUAGCCGUAGGUUAUUCUAAUGCUAUUGAGAGUUUUCUGGGCUUGGUAGCCGCGGAAGGCUCUGGACUGAUCGAAGCUACUGCAGCGCGUACGGAAGCUUCUCGAAAAGGGUGUUAUGGAGCCAAUGGGGUGGGGGGUAGGGUAGACGUUGAAGUGCCAAGUGCAGGAGUGCAGCAGCACAGGGCAAGCGUUUCAAGGUUUCAGGUUGAAAUGAGUGGACUGAGAGGAGUAAACUACUACUGCCUUUACCGGUCAGAGUACCAGAACCUGAUAGCAACGUAUGAGGCUCAGAAAGUCAACAACCCUUGGGGCCUCAGUAAGAGCAAGCACGGGAGCAAGGAACUCAUUAGCUAUGAAAAGAAGAAUAAACUCUCCUGCGGGCGUACUAUUCGUUAUCUUUCUGUCAUUGGUAUUCGGGGUAUAGGAACUCCUUGGAAGAGUGGGGUAGUUAUAGGGCUAAAUAGUAUAAAUAUAGGAACAGCUCUACUGGCAAGUGGACGGCUAAGAAGUCUAGACGUGGGAGCUCCUGUAUUGGCAAGAGUAUUUAUGCGUGGCAUAGCUAAGCAAUCGCUCGACACUAAGAGCGAGGGAGUACGUGUUUCAACAUUCGAAUUUAGACGAAUUCAGCUAUAUGAAACAGGUGAUCAGGAUUGGCUCGUACCUCGGGUAUGGAGAAUCCGCAUGAAUGCAUCUUCCUUGCCUGGAUUCCGAAAUCCCAUAAGUAAACAAAUCCAAGUCCCUUUCUAUAGGAAGCAGCAGGGCAAGCUUGCAGGGGUUUCAUACACGGGUAUAGAUAGGCGAAGAGACGAAGGUAAGGAGAUCGAGAUGAGCUGUCUCUAA